CUCCUUCUGCUAGUACGUUAUUGCACAAUACUAAUCACUCGUGUCCAUAUUAAUUGCGAAACUUGAAACGUCAAACUUAAUGCUGCAUUGCAUCAUCUCCCCAUACAGAGCGCCUUGAUGCUUUUUUCGCUUUUGUUCAAAACCCUCUCUCACUCCUGUACGCAUUUCAUGUACCCUUCCCUGGCACUUUGGCUCAGCACAGCCCUCGUCAUGCUCCUACUACUCAUAGAUCAUAGAAGUAAUGACGUGCACUUAAAGAGCACAUUCCAAAGACCAGACUCGGUCCCGCUGCUUCAAGUGUCUUCUGUGCUAAUUCAUCCCGUCUAAAGCAAAAAAAUGAAAAAAGCAAAACAGUUAGGGAAGGAAAAUCCUCGUUUGUGUCUUGAUGAUGAUCAUCACCGAUCAUGAUGACCGAGAAAAUGCCGGUCCGGAUGAUCGUGUGCGCGUAUGUGUGUGUGUGUGCGCGCGCGUGUUUUGUGCGCAGGAGCAAAGACGCUUACGGUGCCUUGCACCGUUGGCUCGCUUGCUAUUGGGACCGUUUUGGUCAGUGAACUAGAAGACGUUGUCGCCGGUGGACGUCGCGGUGUGUCUUGAGUUUUUGUGUGUGUGUGUUUUUUUGCGUGUGCGUCGAUCGCGCUUCCCCGUGUCCUUAACAUUGGGCGUACGUUUUGGUCGUUUGGUGUAACAAUAGGAUAAAAAUAAAUAUAAAUCCAACCUCUCUCGUUCUCUCUCUCUCUCUCUCUGUGCACCUUUGCAACUAAAGUAAAACAAGCCAAAACAAAGGGGGCGAUCUUCAAGAGAAAAAGAGAAAAAUAAAAACGUUUUCCCUCCAAGUGGUUCAUGAUCAUUUAUCUACAAAUGAUCUUACUGUUUGUGAAUAGUGGUUUUUAUUUACUGUAAAGCGUGCUCUUUCUACCAAGAAGAAUCAUUUAAAUUGGAAUUAAAAAAAAACAGCUGUUUCUAAAGCUGUUACAAUCAAGUGUUGCCGCCUUAAUGCACCGUAUGUGAUGCCAUUAAAGGGUGGUACCGUUCCGUUCGGCUAUCGCUAGUUUUUGUGACAUUUUCGCUAAAUUGUGUGUUGGAUUGGUCUGGUGCCUAGCGGUUUAAAAUAGCAGCUUAAAGAAUCAUAGCUAACCCACAGUUAGGCGGGAUCGGGUUAGCCAGUGGAAGGUAUAUACACUCACACACACACAACGCGAUCAAGUCUUGCGCGCGGCGAUUGUGCGAUUAAAAUCCUACUAGUUGAGUGUUUUCAUCCAACCCAGCUGCUGCCCAAGGUGAAGGUGAUAGAAGGGGAGAAGUGCAGGGAAGUGCGGCUUAAAAUUAUUAUGAUCCACCCCUGACCGUUUACUUUGGUGGGUUUUGGUCUUACCCCUCCCCCCCUGGCGGUACGGCGCGAUGAUGUACGUUCGGUCGGGUUGAAAAUAUUAGCUCAAGGAUACAAAAGGCUGAACCAACAAAAGCGCGUCCCGUGUGAAGAAGCGUUUACUGUGCUGAAUUGGAGGUGUAAUUUUCGCAUCAGUUUUGUUUUUCCUUCAAAAAAUAGUGAGUGCAGCCGGGCGGGUGGUCUUUGUCGGUGCAGUGAGAAACGGUCGCAGUGUUGUGUAGGAGUGUGUAAAGGAGUGAGUGGCAGACCAACGGCACGGCCACAACAUGUCAUGCUGUGGUUCGCAGGAACCGAUCCGGCCACCGAUAAAUCCCGGCUUUCAGAGUGACAUCUUGAAGGGCCCGGAACAGGUACACGUGUCAAAGUUCUACAAGGAGGCAAAGGAUGGCAAAUUUGUCAGCUGUCUCGAGGAGGACAUCCGAACGCUGUAUCAAUCAUUUCGCAAGGGUGCCUACACGUCAAACAACGGACCUUGCCUGGGAUGGCGAGAGAACCUACAGUCACCAUAUCAGUGGAUGAACUUCAAUGAGACGCUGCUGCGCGCAAAGAACUUCGGUUCCGGACUGAUCUCGCUAGGGUUGCGGCCAGGGCCGAGCACCUUCAUCGGCAUCUACUCACAGAACCGUCCGGAGUGGGUACUGUUCGAGCAAGGCUGCUACUGCUACUCGCUCGUCGUCGUACCGCUGUACGAUACGCUCGGGCCCGAUGCGUGCGCUUUUAUCGUCGACCAGACGGAGAUGCAGGUCGUCGUCGUGGAGGACGAUAAGAAGGUGAACCUGCUGCUAGACAAGGCACCGAGAUCGCUCCGCAAGAUCGUCGCAAUCAAGGAGGUCCGGCCGGCCACGCUGCAGCGGGCCAAGAACGUCGGCAUCGAUGUGCACACGUUCGAUGAGGUGGAAAAGCUGGGCGCCAUCAGUGACAACCCGGAGCUCGAGCCGAAACCGGACGAUCUGUGCACGGUUUGCUACACGUCCGGCACGACCGGCAACCCGAAGGGCGUAAUGCUGACGCACGCCAACGUCCUGGCCGGUGUGGCGGGCGUACUGCUGCAGCUCGGGCCGCAUCGGCCACGCGUUGGCGACAUUAUGGUUUCGUUCCUGCCCCUGGCGCACAUGCUGGAGCGCUGCUGUGAGAACGGCGUCUACUAUAUGGGCGGUGCGGUCGGUUUCUUCUCGGGCGACAUCAAGGAGCUAACGAACGACCUGAAAGCGCUGAAGCCCACGCUGAUGCCGGCCGUCCCCCGGCUGCUGAACCGCGUGUACGACAAAGUGUUCGCCGAGGUGCAGCGAUCGUCCGUCAAGAAGCUGCUGCUAAACAUGGCGCUCAGCUCGAAGGAGGCAGAGAUCAAGCGUGGCAUUGUGCGGAAGAACAGCAUCUGGGACAAGCUGGUGUUCCGAAAAAUUCAGGAAGGUUUCGGCGGCCGACUGCGCCUGAUGGUGGUCGGUUCGGCCCCGCUGUCCGAGGCGGUACUGUCUUUCUCGCGGGCCGCCCUUGGCUGUCUGAUCUGCGAGGGCUACGGGCAGACGGAAUGUACCGCACCGAUUACGCUGACGGUGCAGGGUGACUUUGUGGCUGGGCACGUAGGGCCACCGGUCGCCUGCAAUGGUAUCAAGCUGGUGGACGUGCCCGAGAUGGAGUACUACGCGUCACAGCAGCAGGGUGAAAUUUGCGUCAAGGGAGCGAACGUUUUCAUUGGGUACUUAAAAGAUCCACAGCGUACGGCAGAAACGAUCGACAAGGACGGUUGGCAUCAUACGGGCGACAUUGGGCAGUGGCUACCGAACGGUACGCUCAAGGUGAUCGAUCGCAAGAAGCACAUCUUCAAGCUGAGCCAGGGCGAAUACAUCGUGCCGGAGAAGAUCGAGAACGCCUACAUCCGCAGCCAGUACGUGGAGCAGGUGUUCGUGCACGGCGAAAGCUUAAAGAGCUGCAUAGUGGCAAUCGUGGUCCCGGACGUGGAGGUCAUCAAGAGCUGGGCCCAGGAGAACAACAUUCCCGGCACGCUGAGCGUACUGUGCAACAACCCAGACGUGAAGCAGCUCAUCCUGAACGACAUGAUCCUGUGGGGCAAAGAGUUUGGACUGAAGUCUUUCGAACAGGUCAAAGACAUCUACCUGCAUCCGGAUCCAUUCUCCGUACAGAACGGUCUGCUAACGCCUACCUACAAAUCCCGGCGGCCCCAGAUCCGAAGUUACUUUGCGCCCCAGCUGGAUGACAUGUACAAACACCUUGACUGAGCAGGGACUGAGCUGCGGUAAAAACAAAAAAUCGAAGCAAACGGAAGGAAUUGGGAACAGCAGUGCAAUCCCGGAUCCCGGUGUUCGCUACCACAGCAGUGCGGUGUAUCAUCCUGUUCCUUUUCCUUUCGCCCAGUCCAGCACACCAGGGUGCGCUCUCUGGCGGUGGGUGCUGCUGCUGCUGCUAGUAUUGAAUGUGUGCGUGUUAUACUUUUUUUUACGAACGUCUACUCCUGACGCCCGUCCGGAGUGGAGGCGAACUAAGGUGAAGAAAGCAAAAGUGUAGGGAACGUUUAAUUAUUCUAGUAACUUGAGUAAAGAAUAUAAAUACGAAAACCUCAAGCCCGGAACUAUGAUAUACA